CGAUCGGCGAGAUCCAUUCCAUUCCAUUCCGGUCCAUUGUAUUAUUGUGCUGCGUUUCGUUUCAUUGUACGGCAGCAACGUAAGUCGCACGGCAACCCCCGUCCCAUUCCGUCCCGUCCCGUCCGGCGAGCGAGCUCUGCUUGUUCUGUUUGUUCUCUUCCGCCUCGAAGAGAUCUCCCCGCGAUUUUUGGUGCAAAAAACAAGCGUGCCAUAUCAUCGCUGCCUGCUACGCUCGCCGCCGUGGUUUCUCUUUCCCACUCACACAGCAGACGCUUCCCCUUUGUUCCUCAUAGUACAGUAUCGCACCGUCGUCACAGCUCCACCGACCCAAACACCGAAAACAAAACACACCGGGUGUACCAACACAACACAACCACAAGACAACGACAACCACAAGACAACCACAACCACAAGACAACCACAAGACAAUACAAGACAAAGCCCGCUGCGAAACGAUGCACCCCCAGAAGCUGCAAGACGCCGGACUCCCAAUCCUCCGGGACCUUGACACGGACGACCUGACGCUGGUCCUGGGGCUCGAGGACGACCUCUCCGAGGGCUGCGCCGAUCCCUUUGGCGAGAGCCAUUGCCUCUCGUCGGUGGGCAUAGCGAACGCGAACGCCAACGCCAACGCGAACCACAAGACCACCCACGCCAGCGUCUUUCUGCUGGACCCGGCCCUCUUUCGGUCCGACGAGCUCAACGACGCCGUUCGGAAGCAGCGGGGUUGUGGUGUGGAUUCCCACCUUGCUUCGGAGCAGCAAGCCAACGGUGGUCCCCUUCCGUGGUGGUGCGGAGCGGGCCCAGAGGCACACACGCAGAUUCCGGCGCAGAGGCAGAGACAGAAACACCGCUCGCUCUCCCCCAGGCAGGGGGACCCGCCCCCCGCCAAGGCGCGCAGGGUGGGUUCUUCGCUGGCCAUGAAGCAGAGCCACAGCGACGGCCUCCUGGCCCGGGCCCUCGGGGCCAGGUACACCAAGCACCACCCCAUCCACGGCAACCGCAACAGCAUCGGCCACAGCAACCGCCACAGCAAAAGCCACGGCAUCGGCCACGGCCACAGCAAGAGCCACCACCGCAUCGGCCACCACCCAAGGUCUUCGUCUUCGUCUUCCUUCCGCUUCCAGAGCACCGAAGCGGUGAUCGCCAACGGGCUGGCGAUCGUUUCCCCGGGCGCAGAGCGGGAGGGGGCCUCCGGGAGGGCCAACGCGGCCUGGAACAAGGCCGCGCCCCAGGCACCGGUCCUCGGGAACCCCUUUUUGCGCAAGAGGAGGAAUCCUCCUCCUCCCCUCGGCCACGAGCAAGAACAAGAACGCGAGCAAGAACAAGAACGCAAGCAAGAACGCAACGAAAAAGGCCCCCCUUGUCCCGGGCCAAAAACGAGCCGCUUGCAGGACCUCCUGCUGCGGUCCCGGGAGCAGAGCCUCUCCCAGUCCGCCUGGAGGGAGUCGUCGGCGCGGUCCCUGUCGGGCAAGGGGGCCGCCCCGGUCGUCGUCCCUUCGAGCGCGGACGAAAGCAUCCUCCACGAGGGGUGCUCGGCGGACGACAGCCUCCUGCACCGGUCCUGCCUGCUCUUUCCCAACUCCCGGGCGGUCGUGGAAACCGCGCUCCGGGUCGACCCGGACGCCGUCCGGAGGUCGGUGGUGGUCACCGGCGACGCCGGAACCCACACUAGCAACAACAGCAGCAACAACAGCAACAGCAACACCACCAGCAACAAAACCAACACCAACACCACCAACAGCGGCAUGUACGGCUACCCGAUCAACCUCGCGCUCGCCAGCGGGGCCAGCGAGGCCGUCCUGCGAACCCUGGUCGAAGCCGGCCCCGACGUCCUGGCCCAAAAGGACGGGACCUCAAGGGCCUCGGCGCUGGGAAUCCUCCUCUCCCUCCAGCGGUGCGACCUCUUCCUCGUCGACCUCCUCCUCUCCGCCAACCCGGCCUGCGCGGGGGUCGCCGACCGCAAGGGGAACUACCCCCUCCACCUGGCGGUCCGGUACGCCCGGUCUUCUGCCAUCGUCCGCGCCAUUUGUUCCGCCUGCCCGGGGGCCCAGGGCCUCCGGAACUUUCACUCCCAGACCCCCCUGGACCUCGCAAUCCAGUCGACGCGGUGCCCGGAGGACGUUACGGAUGUUCUGCGGUCCGGGGCCUGCCAAUCCGAGACGAGUCUUCGUGGAAGCGGGGGACCGCACCGGGAAUUCCUGCACGUCCUCGAGGACGGCCUGGACGACAUUAUGCGGAUCAAUUGCUCGUGAAAAAGCGCAACGCAGCGAAACGAAACAAAACGCAACGCAACGAAACGCGGCGGUGGAUCUUCGCCGGCACCGAUGGUGUCCUUGUAACGAAAGUAGUACAGUAAUAACUAAUGUUGAUGAAU